AUGGGGGCCCCUAUUUGGCGUGAAUUCAAGCCAAACGCCUCCAAAAGACAAGCGCAGUCCGCAGGUCCUGCACCAGCUUCUUGCGAAAUUGAGGGCAACCCCGACUUUUACGACCUAGGCAUCCGCACUGGUAUCUACCUUCAGUGGAUCACGGCAUUCAUUGCCAACCACGUUCUUCGACGCGCCAUUGACUCCAGCCUCGAGAUUAACACCGUCUUCCUGCUGGCAUUGUUCAUUGCGACGGUCGUAGCUACCAUAAAAAACACGGCCCAGACGGCUGAGUUGGUAGUGCUUCUCCACCUCUGUUUUGGCUUUCUCUUCUCCAUCCUCUCGAUAUGGGGACACCGCACAUCGACUAUCGACAUCCACACCAAGAAGAUACGAUUCCCCUUGAUUGGCAGUUUAUUUCGGCUCAGCAUUGCCACCGGACUUAGCGCGUAUGGCGUGUGGUUCUGGUUCCGGGGAAGGGACUUGCAUCGACGCGCAAAUGCUUGUUCAGACUACACGUUCCUAUUUUCCAGGUUCGAUAUCGCUGGCGGUAUACGGUACUUCCUCGAGAUACAGUCGAGCGUCAUUUGUGCGGUCUAUGCUGUGCUUUUUGUGCGAGAGGUCCUGAUGAUGGUGGCCUUUUUCUUGUUCCUGUUCAUUCAGACCAGCAUUAUCUCGGGACUGGCAGUGUGGUUCGGUGCCAGUGGCAUCAUUCACCUGCAACGCCACAAGACUGUGGCCAAAAUGGGCUUGAGAGCUGAAGAGGCUGAGAUGCUGGAGAAAAAGCAGAGAGGCCGUGACAUCCUCUCGAUGUCAUGGUUUUUACUCAAGUACUGGGCCCGACUCUCCCUCGCCAUGGGCUGGAAAGGGGCGAACGGGAAACAAUCAGCAGGUGAAAAGCGGCCCGACUUAAAGUGUUAUUUGAUACCCUUCGUUGAUGUCUAUAUUUUUACCUUCAGGACCACGGUGCAAUUCUUGUGUCUUUUACUCUUCAAGUGGUGCCCAAAGAUCGACUUUAUUCCGCUCAUCCCCUAUCCCUUCUGGGUCACGGCCCAAAAAGAUACAAAUGCGGAGCCAGCUUCGCCUAAUUAUGGAAAGAGAAUCAUGGCAUUCCUCAAAUCACCCCCGGCUGAGAAACUCUUACGUGCGGCCAAUCUUUUUACCAUCGUUUGGACCAUGGUCUCCGUCGAACUGACACUACAUUGUAAUAAAAUCAUUGGUGUUUAUACGUUAGACUCCAUUGGUCAAUUAAUACCGUUUAUUAUCGGCGUUGUAGGCUUUCUGAGCCUGAUCCAUGGUAUCUCCGUCGAGCGAAGCAAGCUCGUAUCAACUGAUGUCCUGCUUAAACUAUUCGAUGCGGAUCAAGUUCCCAUUGCUCGUGCCGUCGAAAAUCACAGUGGUACAGACACUGACUAUCACCAGCUGAGCCUUGGUUAUGACGCAGUCUUCUAUGUCCGGAAGCCAGAAAUUAUCAGCGACGAGAAGGUCAAAAAACAAGGCGACUUUUACAAACGCCGUCACUCCAUUGACUUCAUCUGGCCUAAACACAUACAGGAGGAUAUCGGAAGUGACGGAAUAUGCGAGACACCUGGAACCCUCGACAUCUCGAAAUGCAACAUGAUCGCGGUGCCCUGGCCGAAUACUACCAACCAAGCAAUAUAA